CUGCGCGGACUGCGGCAGAAGGCGGGGUGUGAGAGGCGAGUAUUCUGAGGCUAGCUUUCACAGUCGGCUAGAACCUUCGUUCUUUCCCACCACCUCUGAUUUCUGCUCCUGCGACUUGCUCGGGCCUGGCUGCAGCAGCAUUCCUGCUCUAGCGGCAGUUCCGUGCAGAGGCGCCUACGUACCUCUCCCCUUCGUCUGCGAGAUCGCGGGCCUGUCAGUGUCAGCUUCCACACGCUGGUCGACAGGACCAUGUCGCUGGUAAGCCAGAAUUCGCGCCGCCGCCGCGGUGGAAGGGCCAGUGCGCGCAAAAACAACGGGAAGGGUCUCCCUGCUGCCGUGCCAGGUCCAGACGUCCCUCGGGAUCGCAGCGAUCCUCAGAUCCUCCAGGGCCUCCGCGCCUCUGAGGGCCCUGGCACCUCCAUGCUGCCCACCCCCCGGGAGGGCCCAAGCGCCCCUGUGUCGCCCACCGCUUCAGAGGGCUCAAGUGCCCCUGGGCAGCUCAUCAUCUCCGAGGGGCCGAACACCUCCAAGCUGCCCACCUCCCGGAAGGGUCCGGGCGCCUCUCGGCCUCCUGCAGUCUCCGCAGGGCUGAACGCCGCUGUGUCCAUCACCGCCUCGGAGGGCCCGAGUGUGCCGCCCACUGCUCCGGAGGGCUCAAAGGCCUAUGAGCAUCUCUCUGUCUCAGAAGGGCUGGCCAUCUCUGAGCAGCCCUACUCUGAUGAGGGUCCUGAUGUGCAGCCCAUCCUAGGUGAGGGCCCGGGAAUCUCGGUGCCGCCCACCUUCUCUGAGGGAUCCGGCAUUUCCGUGCCGCUGCCCUCUGCUGAGGGCUUGAACAUCUCCGUGUCGCCCACCAUCUCGGAGGGACUGGGUAUCAACGUGCCCUCCCUCGCUAGUGAGGCCCCAAGCAUUUCGGUGCCGCCCACUGUCUCUAAUGAACUGGGCAUCAACCUGCCGCCCACCUUCGGUGAGGGCCUGAGCAUCUCUGUGCUCUUCGCGGCUUUGGAGGAAGCCGACAUCUUUGUGCCGCCCCCCUCCGCCGAGGAACUGAGCACCUCCAUGCUGCCCCCCUCCGGUGAGGCCCAGAGCACCUGGGUGCCGCCCAUCAUCUUGGAGGGAUCUAGUGUCGAGGUGCCGCCCACCUCCAAAAAGGGACGACGCACCUCGGUGCCGUCAGCUGCCUGCGAGAGCCCAAGCACCUCAGCCGAGGACCUGAGCACGUCCCUGUCAUCCAUUUCUGCUGAGGGCUACCGAAGCUCGCUGGCGCCCUGCGCUGCGGAGGGAUCCGCCGCCUUCGAGCUGCUUCCCUGCGGGGAGGGCCCGAGCACCUCGGGGCUGCACAGCCUGGAGGAGGGGUCGAGAAUCUCGCAGAUGCCCCUAGCUGCCGAAGGUCCUAGCACUGCUGGGAUGCCCACUGAAGCUGAAAACCCUGAGGAAGGACUGGCCUGCUGUGCUUCUGUGGGAAAGACCAAGUGCACCUCCCAGGCUCUGCAAAAGGCCAAGGAUCCAUCUGUACGGCCGAAGCGUGAAGACCGCUUCCUGGAUUUCCAGGUCCUGAGAGACAGUAAGAAUUCCAACUCCAUUACCAUUAUGGGCCUGGGCACUUCCCGCGUUGCUCUUACUCUGAAGCCUCAGGAUCCCAUGGAGCAAAACGUGGCCGAAUUGUUGCAGUUUCUCCUGCUGAAGGAUCAGACCAAGUACCCUAUCAAGGAAUCUGAAAUGAGGGAAUUCAUUGACAAAGAAUAUCGCCACCAGUUCCCAGAGAUCCUCAGACGAGCAUCAGCCCACCUGGAGUGCAUUUUUAGGUUUGACCUGAAGGAGCUAGACCCUGAGGAGCACACCUACAUCCUGCUCAACAAACUGGGACCAGUGCCCUUUGAAGGAUUAGAAGACACCCCCAGUGGGCCAAAGAUGGGCCUCUUGAUGAUGAUUCUGGGACACAUAUUACUAAAUGGCAACCAAGCCAGAGAAGCUGAUAUCUGGGAGAUGCUCUGGAGAUUCGGAGUGCAGCGUGAAAGGCGGCUUUCCAUUUUUGGGAACGUGAAGAGACUUCUGUCUGUAGAGUUUGUGUGGCAGCGUUACUUGGACUACAGGCCUCUAACUGACUGUGUACCAGUCGAGUUUGAGUUUUACUGGGGCCCACGAUCCCGUGUAGAAACCACCAAGAUGAAAAUUCUGAAGUUCAUGGCUAAGGUCUACAACAAAGAUCCUAUGGACUGGCCAGCACUGUACAAUGAAGCUCUGGAAGAAGACGCUGACAGAGUUGUUAUUAAUAACUGGCGGGUUGCUCGUCCGUUUAGGAGGCCCCUUUUUGCAGAAGUUUCUCCAGAGCUGGGUCCUGAUUCAGAUGCUUCUGGCUCCAAAUAUUCUCCCCAUUCUUGGCCUGAGUCAAGAUUAGAGAGCAAAUCAAGGAAAUUGGUCCAGUUAUUUCUGCUGAUGGAUUCGACUAAGCUGCCUAUACCAAAGAAGGGAAUCCUGUACUACAUUGGUCGAGAGUGUACCAAAGUGUUCCCUGACCUCCUGAAUCGUGCUGCUCGCACCCUAAACCACGUGUAUGGGACAGAGCUAGUGGUCCUUGAUCCCAGGAACCACUCCUACACCCUGUACAACCGAAGAGAAAUGGAAGACACAGAAGAGAUUAUGGACAGUCCAAACAGGCCCGGCAACAAUUUCUUAAUGCAGGUUCUGAGCUUCAUCUUUAUAAUGGGCAACCAUGCUAGGGAGUCUGCAGUCUGGGCCUUUCUAAGGGGCUUGGGAGUUCAAAAUGGGAGAAAGCAUGUGAUUACCUGUAGGUAUUUGAGUCAGCGCUACAUAGACAGUUUGCGGGUUCCUGACAGUGAUCCGGUGCAAUAUGAUUUUGUAUGGGGCCCUAGAGCCCGCCUGGAAACCUCCAAGAUGAAAGCCCUGCGAUAUGUGGCCCGAAUCCACAGAAAGGAGCCAGAAGAUUGGCCGGAGCAGUACAGGGAGGCGAUGGAAGAUGAGGCAAAUAGAGCUGAAGCUGGGCGCCGGCCAUUGAUUGUUCGCAACUUGCGAUAAAUUGUGUCAGCAAGGCCUUGUAUGUCCAGGCCUAGAGCCCUGGUUCUCAUGUAUUGGGAGUGGGUGUGUCUGUGGGGGUACGUAUUGUAUUUGAUACUUGUGUUCCAGUUCCACUUACGUAUUUUUCAUAUUUAGUUCUUGUUUGGUAUCUUGAAAAAUUUCCAUUGUUUUAAUAAUACUGUCCAGUGAUGUAAAUGUGAUUGACCACUUGCUGUCUCUGCUGUACUUUUGUGCUGUAAGAAUUUUGAUAGUGGUAUAAAGUGUUUUAGGACUCUUUCCAUCUUGUUGCAUUGUCUGAAAGAGAAUAUAUAGCAUAUAGCUAUAGAUAUAGGCUUUUCCUUGAAAGCUUGAAAAAAAAUCAUCAGUAAAGUGAUCUAGCUUCAGAUGUUAAACAAACAAAUAUAUAACAACUGACAAAGCACUAAAUUGUGGCUGGCUUCCCUUUUGUCUGCUAUUGUGUAAAGAAUACUAAUGUUUACCUGUAUUUGCUUUGCUGUACUAAAGUGUAUUGAAAAAUAAAAGUGAAAUAAAUCAAAUAA